AUGGGGUCCUCUCCACAUACAGUCAGAAGACUGCCUUCCCCUGCCCACACUCCAGUCAGAAGACUGCCUUCCCCUGCCCACACUCCAGUCAGAAGACUGCCUUCCCCUGCCCACACUCCAGUCAGAAGUCUGCCUUCCCCUGCCCACACUCCAGUCAGAAGUCUGCCUUCCCCUGCCCACACUCCAGUCAGAAGUCUGCCUUCCCCUGCCCACACUCCAGUCAGAAGUCUGCCUUCCCCUGCCCACACUCCAGUCAGAAGUCUGCCUUCCCCUGCCCACACUCCAGUCAGAAGUCUGCCUUCCCCUGCCCACACUCCAGUCAGAAGUCUGCCUUCCCCUGCCCACACUCCAGUCAGAAGACUGCCUUCCCCUGCCCACACUCCAGUCAGAAGUCUGCCUUCCCCAGCCCACACUCCAGUCAGAAGUCUGCCUUCCCCAGCCCACACUCCAGUCAGAAGUCUGCCUUCCCCAGCCCACACUCCAGUCAGAGGUCUGCCUUCCCCAGCCCACACUCCAGUCAGAAGUCUGCCUUCCCUAGCCCACACUCCAGUCAGAAGUCUGCCUUCCCCAGCCCACACUCCAGUCAGAAGUCUGCCUUCCCCAGCCCACACUCCAGUCAGAAGUCUGCCUUCCCCAGCCCACACUCCAGUCAGAAGUCUGCCUUCCCCAGCCCACACUCAUGUCAGAAGUCUGCCUUCCCCAGCCCACACUCCAGUCAGAAGUCUGCCUUCCCCAGCCCACACUCCAGUCAGAAGUCUGCCUUCCCCUGCCCACACUCCAGUCAGAAGUCUGCCUUCCCCUGCCCACACUCCAGUCAGAAGUCUGCCUUCCCCUGCCCACACUCCAGUCAGAAGUCUGCCUUCCCCUGCCCACACUCCAGUCAGAAAACUGCCUCUUUCAUUGAUCAUAGAAAAAUUAAUUUCUUUUAAUAACAGCGUUGGACAAGCGGAGAAUGCAAAUGAUGUCAUAUGA